AUGAAUUGGUGGUGGUCAUCAGACUCCAAGUCAGUCGCCUCAGAUACCUCUGAUCAACCACCAGCAUCGGCGUCUAAAACAGAAGAUUUGUCAUCCACGUCUCGAAAUACGGCUGAAAUUGGUACAAAGUCUGGUGCCAAUACCGACACCGUAGAGAAUGAGCUAGCACAGUACUUGCCAGGCUUUGCGCCUUCGCAGUCAGCCACUUCAGAAGCGCACAGUGAUGCAGGGCGAGAACAACCACGGCAAACGGCAUUCGAGGAAUCAGUUUAUCCAGAGACGAUGUCAUGCCGGGAUGCUUUCGACCAGGCCAUGCACUGCCGAGGACCGGGCGGUCAAUUCCUCAAUCUAUACCGAUACGGAGAAUUCAGACAAUGCAGCGAACAGUGGUCGCAGUUCUGGUUCUGCAUGCGCACAAGGACCAAGCCGGCCGCCGUCAAGCGCCAAUUGAUCAGAGACUUCUACAAGCAAAAGGAGGAGGCCAAGUAUGCAGGCAAGCCAAGCAGCGAGGAUGUUUGGGAGGAGAGGGAGACUCGGCUUGUGAGAGCAUUUGAUGCAGAUCUCAGCCAAGUGGACACAUUACCGCUGGAAGACACUCGAGAACGAAGACGUCAAGCGAGGAUGGCUGCUGAUGCAGCAGGAAGUUGA